AAAAACAAAAGGCUAAAAGCCUAGCAACGCUUCCAACAAUAACAGAUCCAAAAAACAGAGAGCCGCCCUUCUAUCUUUUUUGCUCUACUUCUAAAACCCUUCAUCUCAAUCUGUCUGAAACAUCAUCCCCUUGAUUCCGAUGACGAUGGAGGAUGUGUGGAAAGACAUCAGCCUAGCUUCUCUCUGUGACCACAGCUCACCGGGUGCUGCCGGCAGCUCCGCCACUCGUAAUGACCCUGCAGGUGUUCGUGGCUUCAUUUUCCAAGAUUUCAUGGCGGCUGCUUCCACCAAACUCGCUCCUUCUUCUCUUGCUACUGAUCUAGGGCCACCGCCGCCGGCCAAUCUCCUCAGCUUGAGUUCUUCCGGCUCCGAUCAUUUUCAGCAGUACCAAGUUCACAACUCUUCUGCUACUACCAGUACCAACACUAGUGCUCCACCAAACUUAGCGAAACCAAACCCUGAUAGUACUACUAGGCCUUCAUCUUCUUUGAUCUCUUUCUCAAACAAGUCCGCCUUGGAGGCUUUGGGUUCUUCCUCAUAUUGCAAGAAAAGGGCCGUAGAGGAAGAAAACGGAGAGAAUUCUAGGCAUGUCCGGCAUAAGCGGAUGAUCAAGAACAGAGAAUCGGCUUCACGCUCCAGAGCUCGAAAGCAGGCUUAUACAAGUGAGCUGGAACUUAAACUUGAACUUUUGAAGGAGGAAAAUGCCAGACUCAGAAUGCAGCAACAGAAGUUCUGCUUAGCCACCCCUGUAGCACCAGCAACAACUCUAAAAAGGGCACACUCUAUGUAGAAAAAAGAGAGCCAAAAAUAUGUUGGGCAUCCAAACCAAGCCACCACUCGUAUAUAUUUUUCUCUCUUUUUUUUUCUUCAUUUUCCUUGUUCUGGUACAAAGAAGACAAGCAGAUUAGUGGUAGGCAUAUUUGGAUCAUGGAUGGGACAUGUUUGAGUAACCCUGUCAAAUCUAGUAUUCCUUUUAUUUCCCAGACCUUAUCUUUCAUGUAGUCUUUCUUUCACUUUAAUUUCCUCUCUCGCACUAUUACCUUAUCCUUCUUUCUUAUUCUCUAGGUAUCUUUGUAAAAAUUCUUGAAUUUUCUGCACUCUAUGAUCACCGUAUGUAAGUAUGUAACCA